UUCCCGUAAAAGCAAGACCGCAGCCCAGUGUAUGGACAUGUCUUACACCAAGGUGUCCUGGUAUACACUGCAGGGAGAGAGCAUUUGUUUCCCACACUCCGUAAUGGCAGCGUGUGUUGUGUUGUUACUGACUGUUGUAGCAGGUGUUGUUGUCGCAGACGGCAAUCAGCAGACCGUGACCGACGCUGCACUUGCCUACAGAAUAGAAGCUUUAGAGGACAUCGUCAGACAACAGGCAAAGGUCAUUGAUGAUCUUGCUUCUGGUCUGCAUCGAGCAUUGACGGGUUUGGAAGCAUGCUCUCCUUUGAAAAACACCUUUCCUGUAGUGGACACACCUGACAAGAUAGAAGGUACAGGUCUGUUACAAGAAGAGUUAACUGGAAAUUCCGUACAACACGCAGUCUUUGUUCGGUCGGAUGACAACGACCCUUUGAUACCGGUGGUAACUCAGUUGACAGAAAGGGUUAACGAAGUCAGUACCGGUCUGCAGGCCAUGAAGAACGAAGUCAGUGCCAGUCUGCAAGCUUUAAAAAACGAGGUGACUGAAGCUUCCACGUCUGUCUUCGUGCACUGGGGAAGCUCCACGUGUCCAGGCUCCUCUGUUCUCGUUUACUCCGGUGUCGUCGGGGGGUCUCACUACGACCAGCCCGGAGCAGCAGCCAACUACCUGUGCCUGCCCCUCUCUAACAUUACCUUGCUUGAUUACACAAACACCUACACUGCACAUCUUUACGGUGGAGAAUAUCAAACAGAAGACGGACAUAAUGAUAAAGAUCCUCUAUGUGCCGUGUGUCGAUCGUCACGUGCCACUAACGUGAUGAUCGCGGCGACGACUGUCUGUCCGGCUGGCUGGACCUCGGAGUACAGCGGAUGGCUGAUGGCAGGAUAUUUCGGGCACAAAGCUGCCACCGAGUUCAUCUGUGUGAACUCCCAAGAAGAAGAACGCCAAGGAAGUGAAGUAAGCUAUGAUGGAAAACUGUUGUACUACACUGUCACUGACUGUGGGAGCCUCCCAUGUCCUCCUUACGUUACCGGGAAGAGGGUCACGUGUGUCGUCUGCUCCAGAUAGACACAAAAGAACUCAGUUACCUACGGGCUACAAACUUGCUGCGUUCAAGGACUUGUUGUGUGUGAAAUAAUUAUAUCAUCAGUAAACAAUAAAAAAUCUCCAGCAAUAUCUUAAUCACUGAAAGUUUAAUGAUCGCUUCCUCAUAUUGGUGAAUACAGAAGAUAGAAGGCAAGGUCUCAUAAUAGAUGAAGCUGUAAGGAACUUUAAGUGUUUCUACAGCUAAUACACUGGUCUACACUAUCAAUACUUGUCACGAAUAACCUAUUCUCACAGAAGCACACAUACACGCACAUACAUGCAUGACAUGUAGAUGUUUGUGAAGGUAAAGCAGAGAGGGAGAGGUAAUCACCUCCCUCACGUAAA